AUGUCUCCCAAAUUUGACAUCAAGAUCAUAAAACCGCUGGUACGCGUUCGUCCAAGAAUUGAGGCAAAUAAGCUCCUGGUAGAAGAGCCACCGCAGACUCGACGACUUCCUGACCUUCACUCCGAUCGCUACGAGCCCUGUCUCCAUCUUCACAAGGCCGGGAUCCCCUACAAAAUCUGGAGCGUUUGCGACAUCUUGCAACUCCACGGAUCACGCAAACAGCUUGGUCGUGAUGAUUUGGAGAUCAUAGUGAACAACACUGAAGACGCUGCUCGAGUCCUAGGGUCACAUGGAUACCUCCGCACGCAGAAGGGCACUCUGUAUAACAUAUACCGCAAAGUGAUUCGGCUCGUGAGUCUGAAGAACGUGUAUCAGACCUUUGACGUUCCUGGCUCACUGGAGGCGAACCCUACUUUUAUCUCUGCCCUGAUCAAUAGCGAGGACCUAGACACAGAGCGUGCCCAUUAUCAUGAGCAUGAUGCAGUUUCCAUCCCUGGAGUAUACCUUUUGAGCGCUGCAGAGUCGAGAUAUCACCUCCUCGAGGUGGCGGCCCCGUUGCACAUGCCUAAACCCGAACCCCAGCUCCAUGAAUAUUUCGACUGGGCCGCUACAGUCUGGCUAGAUACGAGGCAAGGCAGAUUUUCUGGCCCGGUAGGACCUGUCAGCCAAGUGUUAAUCGAGUUGGUGGAAGAUCUUGACAUAGUGUGGACGACGGAGUUUGAGAAGAAGAUUCGGAAAGAGCACCGCCAACUGCUCCUUGAUCUCAUGUGGUGGAAACAACGUGAAGGUCAUACCUGGCCUUACUCAUUACUCGCAUUUAUUGCCUUCACCAUUCGCAUGCGAACAAGAGAGAAAACUAUCCGUGAUCGAAUUUUGACCGGUAAACACGUUCCGAAACCCAAUGCUGCGCUUGUUCGAAAACGACCUUCUACGCCGUUCACUCUGUGGAUUCCUGUCGCAACGGAAGGCAUCUCUAAAUACGAUGCGAACCAUAUAAAACGGAGCCUACCAAAGCUCACAUGGCUAGUAGAGUCCCGGCUAGCAGGUGGACAUGUCGUUGUGUCUUUGAACAUACCCUUCAUGCACCAGACGAGGAGAGACGAGAAUCAGAAAAAGAGCCUUGAGGUCAAGGACGACAAAGGCAAACCAUUGGAAUUCUGGAGGGAGGAUGCAGCAAUCUAUUACAAGGAGUGCAUUCCUGACCGUAUCAGGUUUCCUCCAAAAAAGCGAGAGCUGAAAAUUCUCCCCGAUCGACGAUAUCCAUAUUCGCUCUUCGAAUGA